AUGCACCGAGCUGUCUCCAACCAGCGCUCGGGCUCCUCCUCCUCCUCCUCCGGCUCCUUCCAGCCGCCGCCGCCGCCCGCUCACCCCGCCGCCGCCCUGCAGCCCCUGUUCCUGGGCGGCCGCAGCCGGCGCGUGUCGGGCUCCAGCUCGGGCUCGGCCCGGGCCCGCAGCAGCAGCAGCAGCGGGGGCGAGGAGGAGGAGAGCAUCAGCAAACCCCUGCAGCAGCAGCAGCUCGGGCUGCAGCAUGACGGCGGGGAGCUGUACGGGGGCGCGGGCCCGGCCGGGGGCAGCGGCGGCCACCGCCGGGGGCUGCUGUGGCCGGGCGCGGGCUCCGGCGGGUCGCGCUGGGGCUACAGGGCGCUGUCCCUGGUGCUGCUGCUGGGGCAGGGCGCGCUGCUGGACCUUUACCUGAUCGCCGUCACCGACCUCUACUGGUGCAGCUGGAUCGCCACCGACCUGGUGCUGGCGGCCGGCUGGGGCAUCUUCUUCUGCCGCAACAGCCGGGCCCGGCGCCGGGAGCGCCCCCCGCCGGGUCACCCCCCGCCCCCGCCGCUGCACCCGCUGCUGCUGCACCCCCCGCACGGCGGCCGGGCCGCGGGCCGGGCUGGGGGCCCCCUGCGGGGAGGGGACUUCGCCUACGCGCACCUGGCCUGGCUGAUCUACUCCAUCGCCUUCACCCCCAAGGCGGCGCUGAUCCUGGGCACCUCCAUCCUGGAGCUGAUCGAGCUGCGCCUGCCGCUGGGCACCACCGGCUUCCGCGUCACGCUGGCGCUCUCCGCCCCGCUGCUCUACUGCCUGCUGCGGGCCAUCGGCCCCGACGGCGCCGGCCAGCUGCUGCUGCCGCCCCAGCCCCCGCCCCAGCACCGCGCGGCCGCCGCCUUCCUGGCCACCUGCCUCGACCUGCUGGACAGCUUCACCCUGCUGGAGCUGGUGCUGCAGCCCGGCCGCCCGGCCCCGCUGCCCGGCCCGCUGCGCUACCUGCUCAUCGCCGUCUACUUCCUCUGCCUGGCCUCGCCCGUGCUCUGGCUCUACGAGCUCAGCGCCGCCCGGCCGCCCGGCGCCGCCCGCCUGGCCCUGCACCUGCUGCUGCCCGCCGGGCUGCUGGACGCGCCGCUGCUCGCCCUGCGCUGCCUCCUGCUGCUGCGCUACCAGCAGCCGCUCUCCGUCUUCAUGCUCAAGAACCUCUUCUUCCUGGCCUGCCGCGGCCUCGAGGCCAUGGAGAGCUGCUGCCUGCUCCGCCCCGCCGCCGGGGGCGCCAAGUACAGCGCGGCCCCUGGCCCGGGGCCCGGCGCCGCCCAGCUCAGCCACUGCAUCUCCGAGAACGACAUGGGGCCCCACGGCUACGUCAACACCCUGGCGGUCAGCGCCCAGAACUGAGCGGGGGAGGGGGGGCGUCCGACCCCUGCC